AAAAGAGAGCUGUCAAAAGAGCGUCGUCGAAUUGUAAACAACUUUUUUAUGCCGGACGCCGCCUUCUCGGUUCUUGGAUCUCGUGUUCGCUUUAUCUCUUUAAAAUAAGAUGGCCAAGCAUCAUCCGGAUUUGAUCUUCUGCCGAAAGCAACCGGGAGUGGCCAUUGGUCGUCUUUGCGAAAAGUGCGAUGGAAAAUGUGUUAUCUGCGAUUCCUACGUCCGGCCGUGCACGUUGGUGCGAAUUUGCGACGAAUGUAACUACGGAUCGUACCAGGGCCGAUGCGUGAUUUGCGGUGGGCCGGGUGUAUCGGAUGCCUACUAUUGCAAGGAGUGCACGAUCCAAGAGAAAGAUCGCGAUGGAUGCCCCAAGAUCGUAAACCUGGGUAGCUCGAAGACUGAUCUGUUCUACGAACGGAAAAAAUACGGUUUCAAGCGGUAGAACUAAUAGCAUGUACCAGCGACGGUCCGUUCAAUCACAAUGUGCGAACACUAUCUACUCGGUACUGCAUCUUAGAUAUAGAGAUAAUAAACGUACG